CUUUGCCAUUGACAAGUACCACUACAACCCACUUACCACGCACAGAAAUAGACCAAUCCCCCAAGUUUCUUCAUUCUUACGACCCCGCUGGCCGGUGUCUCAACUUGCAAUUCUUCACGAGAACAACAAUUCAAACAAAUAUUACAGUCACUACUGGUGAAAAGACGGCAAUCAUGCUCUUGAUUCGUGACACGGGACUGGGAGGCCUACUGCUGGCCCUUGGCUUGUCGACCGUGAACGCACACUCCUGGGUGGAACAAUUGACGGUUAUUGCGCCAAAUGGAACAUUCGUGGGUGCGCCUGGCUACCCCCGAGGCAAUGUUCAGCGAACCGUCGCUGGCUUCAGCGAUGUCGAAAUGACAUAUCUCAUUCCCCCCGACGGCCGGGCCAAUCAAAGUCAGAUCCUUCCCACCGAUAAGAUGUGUAAAGACACCCAGGAACUGUACAACCAGACCGAAGGGAACCCGCGGCUGCAGGCCAGCCCCGGAGCUGCCAUCGCUCUCCGUUUCCAAGAGAACGGCCAUGUGACACUCCCCCAGACGCAGCCGGGAAAGCCUCCCAAUCGGGGCACGGUAUAUGUGUAUGGGACAACUGAGCCAAAGGCUGACGAGAAGUUCCUGGACAUCCACCGCGUCUGGAACCGAGACGGUACGGGUGGCGAUCGACGAGGCGUGCUUCUGUCCGAGCAGAACUUCGAUGACGGCCGCUGCUACCAGAUCAACUCUGGGAAUAUUUCCGAGCACCGCCAGGUCGAGUUCCCUCAUGUUGCCGACCAGACAAUGGGCGCCGAUCUCUGGUGUCAGCAGGAUAUUGCACUGCCAGCGAACGCGCCGUCCGGCAAGCCGUACACGUUGUACUGGGUAUGGGACUGGCCGACGGCUCCCCAUGUGACGGCAGCACUUCCCAAUGGAAAGCAGGAGAUCUAUACAACCUGCAUCGACGUGGAUGUGGUGGAAAAUGCGGAUUUGACGCAUACAUAUGUCAAGGCUGGUGCUGCCGGUUAUGUGGAAGACCAAUCUCUAGAUAGGGCCGCGAUCCCAUCGCAGUUCGCCGAGAUCAUGGAUACUCGUCCAGCCCCGAGCGGUUCGAGCGAGUCCGUGCCAUCCUCUACAGCGUCAACCUCGGCGUCGCCCGAGCCCGCCACCAAGACUACCUUCUUGACGAUCUAUAAGACCAUCUAUCCCAGCAGUACACCGGUGUGAGUGUAGUCCCGUUGACUUCGGGGCCUUGCUUCCGGAGCCGCUCUCCCUUGCAUAUUUGAUGAAAUUGGAGAGGGGCCAUGGUAGGUCGAGCAACGGCAGUUGGUCGAGGCCCUUAGCUUUUGUUUUUC